AUGGCUGCAGCCAAGACGGAGAUGAUCCUCCCAGCCCUGCAGAUCUCCGAGCCCCUCAGCUUCCCUCACUCUCCCAUGGAUAACUACCCAAAGCUGGAAGAAGUGAUGAUGCUCACCUCUGCGGGGACGCCGUUUCUCACCGCCUCCGCACCCGAGGGUGCAGGCUUUGGCUCCGGAGAGCCUGGCGAGCACUAUGACCACCUCACCGGAGACACAUUACCUGAUCUCCCCUUCAACUGUGACAAAUCAGAGCAGACAUACUCUACUCAGAGGCUGCCGCCCAUCUCCUACACGGGCCGCUUCACGCUGGAGCCCGCCACCUCCUGCAGUAACAGCUUGUGGGCCGAGCCGAUCCUGGGCCUGUUCACUGGCCUCAUGAGCAGCGUUCAGUCCAGCUCCAAUUCUUCCUCCAGCAGCUCUCUAACACCUUCCUCGUCCUCCUCAGUCUCUGCUUCGGUCUCCUCCUCCACCACUACUGCCACCUCCCCCUCAUCCUCCGCUGCCAGCCUCAGCGCUGCAAUCCACCACAGCGAGUCCAACCUCAUCUACACUGCAGCCCCUGCCUACUCCAGCCCCAACUCAGACAUCUUUCCUGACCAGGGCUUCAGCUCAGGGGGAACAGUGCAGUACCCUCCCCCUGCCUAUCCCAACAGUAAGACCUGUCCUGGCAGCUUCCCAGUGCCCAUGAUUCCUGACUACCUGUUCCCUCAGCAGCAGGGUGAGAUCAGUCUGGUGCCCCCAGACCAGAAACCAUUCCAGAGCCAGCCCAGCCAGCCCUCGCUAACUCCCCUGUCCACCAUCAAAGCCUUUGCCACACAGACUGGUUCCCAGGACUUAAAGAGUGUAUACCCAUCCCAGCUCAUUAAGCCCAGUCGCAUGCGAAAGUACCCCACACGGCCCAGCAAGACCCCUCCACACGAGCGGCCGUACGCCUGUCCUGUGGAAACAUGCGAUCGCCGCUUCUCGCGCUCAGAUGAACUGACACGACACAUCCGCAUUCACACCGGACAGAAGCCCUUCCAGUGCCGCAUCUGCAUGCGCAACUUCAGCCGUAGUGACCACCUGACCACACACAUACGCACGCACACCGGGGAGAAGCCUUUUGCCUGUGAGAUCUGUGGCCGGAAGUUUGCUCGCAGUGACGAAAGAAAAAGGCACACUAAGAUUCACCUGCGGCAGAAGGACAAGAAGACAGAGAAGGCAGGAGCUGUGGGAGCAGCAGCACCUGUGUCAGCAGCUUCCCCAGCUUCCAGCUACCCCUCCCCAAUCACCUCAUACCCCUCGCCAGUGUCCUCAUACCCCUCCCCUGUCACCUCCUGCUACUCCUCUCCUGUGCACUCGUACCCCUCUCCAUCAAUAGCCACCACGUACCCCACAGUCUCCAUGUCCAAUACAUUUCAAUCGCAGGUGGCGUCGUCUUUUCCCUCAUCAAUAGCUUCUAACAUCUACAGUUCCCCUGUGACUACCCCUCUGUCAGACAUGCAGACCACACUCUCCCCUCGGACAAUUGAAAUAUGCUAA